AGGCUAGGCGUCGAGAUUUCAUGGAAUAUUGAAUAAGCAAACAAAUUUCAAGCAAAGCUAUACAUAUUUCUUCAGUACAUUCAAAACGGCAAUAUUCCGAGCAGCAACAGAAGACCUCACCAUGGCAUCGGGCAUCGAGGUCUCCACGGAGUGCAAGAGCAUUUUCGAAGAGAUACGCAAGCUGAAGCAGCAUCGCUAUGUGAUCUAUGCCAUCAAGCAGGAGCGCGAGAUCAUCGUGGAUGUGGUUGGACGUCGCAAUGCUAGCUACGAUGAUUUCCUCAACGAUUUGCGCAAGGGCGGACCGGAGGAGUGCCGUUAUGCGGUCUACGAUUAUGCCUAUCAUCACCAGUGCCAGGGCGCCUCGUCGACCUGCCUGAAGGAGAAGCUCUUCCUGAUGCUCUGGUGUCCCAUGCAAGCCAAGAUCAAGGACAAGAUGCUCUACUCCAGCUCGUUUGCUGCACUCAAGAAGGAGUUCAAUGGCGUCCAGAAGUAUAUUCAGGCCACCGAAUUGGAUGAGGCAUGUCGCGAGUGCGUUGAGGAGCAGCUGCGCAUGCUAGACCGCAACUAAAUUGAGUAACGCAUAUAACAAGGACAACAACAACACCAAUGACCACUACUACCACUACUACUACUACUUAUACUCAUACUAACACUAAGACUAACACCAACACUAACACUGAUGCUACAUUACAGCAUAAUAGCAGCAAGCACUAGAAAAAGCGAAAAACAAUAACAAAAACAAAAGCAAAAAGAAAAGCAAAAGCAAAAACAAAACACAUUGUAAAACCCAUUAGCUGGCAGCCAAAUUGUCUCUUAAAUUGUUGAGUUGCAUAUUAAGCAUAAUUGGCUUUAAUCUUAUCAUUAUUUCCGUUACAAACACACACACACACAUACACAUACACAUAGACAAUUCAAGCAAGACAACGCCAUCUUUAACAUCUGGAUAUCGAAAUCUGUUGAGCUAUAUAGGCUCCACAUGGCGCCACAUUUGCAACUGGCUCCACUUGGUGGCAAUUUGAUUAGAUUUUGCAGCUUCUAAUGAGCCCAUUUAACAUUUGGCUGGGCGCGGCCACGCCACGCGGCAUCAGUUUGCAGCGUCAACUGUAAUUUAUUGCGGCACCACCCUCAACUGACGAGACUCCAUCCCCUACUCGAUACGACGCCACCCCCAUCAGUCUGGGCUAAAAAUAAUACGAAGACGACAAAACUUUUACCAUUGAGGCUUUUUAUCUCAUUCCUAAAUCAUGACCGAGUUGAGAUUCACAACCAGCCGCCUUCAGUCUUCAGCCGCCUGCAGCUUCCAUCCAGCUUCCAGUCUUCAAUCACCAGCCUUUCCAUUUCAUUUGGCAGAGCAUUUGGAAUUAAUCAAGCCGGGAAUGAGCACGUCGCCUGCUUAAAUUAAGAACACAGCAAAAUACAAGAGAAUUUCUUACAUUCCGAGUGCAAUAAGCCCAAUAGUUCGAGACUCGGCGACCGGCUAAUGGCGAGGCAAGCCAGCGUCAAAUGCAAAUAAA